CAUCAUGUUUUAUGUGUACAGAGGUUCCGUCUCAAAUGCAGUCAACGUUAUGAUGCUUUGCUUGUUAAUGGAUGGAUUGCUGAUACAUUAUUGCGAAUUGUUUGAGAACUUGAUCUUGAUUUGUCCUUCCGAAUGGAACAUUCUACUAUGCUGCCUCAGGACCUCUUUACUUGUAGCUCUCUGGUGGUAUUAAAACUGAAAACUUAUGGUGAUAUGAAUAUUGUACCUACUUCGGUUUCUCUACCAAGUCUCAGGAUUUUACAUCUUUUUGCUAUCUCUAAAGCUCUAACUGAUCUUUUCAAGGGGAUGUCCAAUGUACAAUUUCUACACUUAAAUGUCCUGAUGCUGGAUAUUUAUAUGCGCGAUUGUCAACUUCCAAAGUUCCCUAAUAUGACUUACCUGGAGCUUGGUGAUGUUCGUGAUGUUCGAUGGAAAUUUCUGCCGGAGUUGCUGGAGAACUCCCCACGUCUAGAAACCCUUUUUUCAAAGAGGUGA